GAAUCUUUUUGGGAUAGUUCUAAGUAUGCACUAUCAAUGCUGAUGGGAUAAGAUCCAAUAUGAAUGUGCAUGAUGUUGGAGGAAGACGACGCUUUGAGGACAGUGAGCACACAUUACAUGUUUAUCCUGGGACAAUUUCAGAAGGCAUCAUCUACUGUCCAGUCCCAGCCAGGAAAAACUCAACUGCUGCUGAGGUGAUAGAUGCUCUUAUUAACAGACUCCAGCUUGACAAAACAAAAUGUUAUGUUCUAGCCGAGGUGAAAGAAUUUGGUGGGGAAGAAUGGAUACUCAAUCCAACAGACUGUCCUGUUCAGCGAAUGAUGAUGUGGCCACGGAUGGCCUUAGAAAACAAAGUGAGUGGGGAGGAUUACCGAUUCCUUCUGAGAGAGAAAAAUCUUGAUGGCUCAAUCCAUUAUGGCAGUCUUCAGUCAUGGCUCCGUGUUACAGAAGAGCGUCGGAGGAUGAUGGAACGAGGUUUCCUUCCUCAGCCACAGCAGAAGGAUUAUGAUGAUUUAUGCAGUUUACCUGACCUAAAUGAGAAAACACUUCUGGAAAACCUCCGAAAUCGCUUUAAACAAGAAAAAAUUUAUACCUAUGUUGGUAGCAUCCUAAUAGUUAUUAAUCCAUUUAAAUUCCUUCCUAUUUACAAUCCUAAAUAUGUCAAAAUGUAUGAUAAUCAUCAACUGGGAAAGCUUGAACCCCACAUUUAUGCUGUGGCAGAUGUAGCCUACCAUGCUAUGCUUCAGCGCAGAAAGAACCAAUGCAUCGUUAUUUCAGGGGAAAGUGGUUCUGGGAAGACACAGAGCACAAACUUUCUCAUUCACCAUCUUACAGCUCUCAGCCAGAAGGGAUUUGCCAGUGGAGUAGAACAGAUAAUUCUUGGAGCUGGACCAGUACUUGAGGCUUUUGGAAAUGCAAAGACAGCACAUAAUAACAACUCAAGUCGUUUUGGCAAGUUUAUUCAAGUAAAUUACCAGGAGACUGGAACAGUUCGUGGAGCUUAUGUUGAAAAAUACCUGUUGGAGAAAUCUAGACUAGUCUAUCAAGAACACAAUGAACGGAACUACCAUGUGUUUUAUUACUUACUGGCAGGAGCAAGUGAAGAAGAGAGGGCAGCAUUCCACCUUAAGCAGCCUGAGGAGUAUCAUUACCUCAAUCAGAUGACAAAGAAACCCCUCAGACAGAGCUGGGAUGAUUAUUACUAUGACUCUGAGCCGGAUUGCUCCACUGUCGAUGGAGAGGAUUUGAAGCAUGAUUUUGAACGAUUACAGCUGGCAAUGGAAAUGGUGGGAUUUCUUCCCAAGACCCGUAGACAGAUUUUCUCUCUUCUCUCAGCGAUAUUACAUUUGGGUAAUAUCUGUUAUAAAAAGAAGACAUAUCGAGAUGACUCCAUAGAUAUCUGUAAUCCUGAAGUACUGCCUAUUGUCUCAGAAUUGCUAGAAGUGAAAGAAGAGAUGCUAUUUGAAGCCUUGGUUACCAGAAAGACUGUGACUGUGGGCGAGAAGCUUAUUUUACCAUAUAAACAGGCAGAGGCUGUGACUGUUAGGAACUCCAUGGCGAAAUCUUUAUAUAGUGCCCUUUUUGACUGGAUAGUUUUUCGAAUUAAUCAUGCACUUUUGAACACCAAGGAUUUGGAAGAGAGUACCAAGACAUUAUCCAUUGGAGUACUUGAUAUAUUUGGAUUUGAAGAUUAUGAAAGUAACAGCUUUGAACAAUUCUGCAUUAACUUUGCCAAUGAACGUUUGCAGCACUACUUUAAUCAACAUAUCUUUAAACUGGAGCAAGAGGAAUAUAGAACUGAAGGUAUCAGCUGGCACAAUAUAGACUAUAUUGAUAAUAGUGGCUGCAUAAAUCUCAUUAGCAAGAAACCAACAGGACUCCUCCAUCUGCUCGAUGAAGAAAGCAACUUUCCACAAGCUACAAACCAGACUCUGCUGGACAAGUUUAAGCGCCAGCAUGAAGGAAACUCUUAUAUUGAAUUUCCAGCAGUGAUGGAGCCUGCCUUUAUCAUAAAGCAUUAUGCUGGAAAAGUGAAAUACGGUGUAAAGGAUUUCCGGGAGAAAAAUACAGACCACAUGCGUCCGGAUAUUGUAGCUCUUCUACGAAGUAGCAAGAAUGCCUUUAUUUGUGGAAUGAUAGGAAUUGACCCAGUGGCUAUUUUUCGCUGGGCAGUUCUUCGAGCUUUUUUCAGAGCCCUGAUUGCAUUCAGGGAGGCUGGAAAGAGAUAUGUUCAAAAGAAAAUUGGGAAUGAUGAUGCAGCACCAUGUGCGAUUUUGAAAAGUGUGGAUAGUUUUAGCUUUCUGCAUCACCCAGUCCAUCAGAGGAGCUUAGAGAUUCUUCAGAGAUGCAAGGAGGAGAAGUACAGUAUAACUAGGAAAAGCCCCAGAACACCUCUUUCUGACCUCCAAGGCGUGAACACUCUUAAUGAGAAAAGCCAGCGUGAUACAUUUGGCAUUGACUGGAAUGGCAGGACUGGCAUCAGACAGAGCAGACUGUCAAGUUCUAGCUCCUUCCUGGAUAAAGACGGAGUAUUUAUUAAUUCAGCUAAUAGCAAGCUUUUGGAGAGGGCCCAUGGCAUUCUCAUGAGAAACAAGAACUUUAAGUCUAAACCUGCUCUUCCAAAGCAUUUGCUAGAAGUAAAGUCUUUAAAGCACCUGACCAACCUGACCCUGCAGGAUCGCAUCACUAAGUCUCUCCUUCAUCUGCACAAGAAGAAGAAGCCCCCUAGCAUAAGUGCCCAGUUUCAGGUAUCUCUAAACAAGUUGAUGGAGACACUUGGUCAAGCAGAACCAUAUUUUGUCAAAUGCAUUCGGUCUAAUUCUGAAAAGCUUCCUUUAAGAUUCAGUGACCCAUUGGUACUUAGACAGCUGCGUUACACGGGGAUGUUGGAAACAGUCCGAAUUCGGCAAUCAGGAUACAGCUGCAAAUAUUCUUUCCAGGAUUUUGUGGACCAUUUCCAUGUUCUUCUCCAGCGUGACACUAUUCCUUCAAAAUAUAACAUCCAAGAUUUCUUCAGGAAAAUAAAGCUUAGUCCCAAUAAUUAUCAAGUUGGAAAAACCAUGGUGUUCCUUAAAGAACAAGAGCGCCAGCACUUACAGGACUUGCUGCAUCAAGAAGUGCUCCAGCGGAUUGUUCUAUUGCAGCGAUGGUUCCGGGCCAUGCUUUCUAGACAGCAUUUCCUCCAUCUGAGGCAGGCAGUCAUCAUCCUACAGCGAUCCUGGCGAAAUUACUUGAGUAGGAAACAUGACGAACGCAGAAAUGUCCAGGUUGAUGCUCUGGUUCUGAAUAACGCAGCAACUGUUCUCCAGGCUGCUUGGAGGGCUUACUGGGGGAGGCGGCAGUACCUGCAGAUGCGAGCAGCAGCCUCCGUCAUUCAAGAAACUUGGCGGGAGCACUGCAGACGAAGACAUGCUGCUGCCACCCGCAUACAGGCAGGAUGGAGAGGCUACUGGAAAAGCAAACUAUACAAGGAACAAAGAAACAAAAUUAUCCUGUUACAGGCAGCAUGCCGAGGAUUCAGAGCCAGGCAAAGAUUUAGAGCUUUGAAAGAACAGAGAUUAAAAGAAACUAAAUUGAAAAAUGGAUUAGCAAUUAAAGACAAUGCUCUAGAGAUUUGGGGUUCAGACCCUUCCAAAUGGGAAGACGAAGCAUUUGAAGAAAGGAUGAAAGCUGUAGAAGAAUACAAAUUUGUAAUUAAUCGGAUCAGCCAUGCCAACUCAGUGGACGUUUCUGGGGACUCACCAUGCAAACAGCAAGAGAGAGCUGUUAGCCAAAGUAGCAUAGACUUGGAGCAAGAUGUAGUUGUAAGACAGAGACGCAAGUCAUUAGAAGACCUCAGUCAAAAAAAAGUAGGACGAGCAAAAAGAGAGAGCCGGAGAAUGCGUGAAUUGGAGCAAGCAAUAUUUAGUUUAGAAUUGCUGAAGGUCCGUGGUGGGAUUUCUCCUUCAGAAGAGCGUAGAUGGUCCACAGAACUGAUUUCCGAGGGCCUACAGUCAUCACAAGGAACCCCUGAGAGUGAAAGUUCUCAGGGAAGCUUAGAACUCUUGAAUUUUGAGGAGACUCCAAAAAACAAACUAGAGUCAGUGUUUUCAAAUGAAGGAGACUUACAGAUUCCCUCACCUAAGGCACAGAAACCUUUACCCCAUGAUUCAAAUUUUGAUUUACAAGAGAAUGCCCCCAUAGUAUCAGAUGAGAAUAGUAAUAUAUUUGUUAGAAAGAGGACACCCUCCAAUUCAGAGUUCUCAGAGAGUGUUUCCAUGAAAGACAAGACAGGCUAUGAUUCUCAGAUCAUUACCUGUAAGCCACCAUUGAGAGAGUCCUUCAUCCCAAAUAGUCUUCCAACUUUCUAUAUACCACCACAAGAUCCUACGAAAGUAAGUCCUGAGCUUGGGGCAAGUACUUUAAAAAAUACAGUUUUGGGAAGUGAAGAAAAGCCAGGAACAGCUUUUACCUUGGACACAAACAGACAAAGCAGAAAAUACCACUUCGCUGAGGAAGGCAGACAAGUGGCUACUGCUUCCAUGAAAAAUACUGACUUUUCUAAUGCUGUACUGAAGAAGUUAGAAAGGCUAAACAUGGAAAAAGAAGAAAGACAAAAGCAGUUGCAGCAACAAAAUGAAAAAGAAAUGAUGGAACAGAUUCGUCAGCAGAAGGACAUUCUGGAAAGGGAGCGAAAAGCCUUCAAAAAUUUUGAGACACCAUGGAAAACAGGAGAAUCUUUGCUGACAAAGCCUGUCCGACCAUCAAAGCAAACAGUUGAAAGGCCUCAGUCUCUCCUCAUAAACCCUACAAACAAGGAAGAACAGAAUGUGCCAGGACCUUUGUCAGUAACAAUUAAAGGCCUCACUGUUACCCCUGAUCAACCAGUUCAAAAGGACCGACCUGUCACCAUGUUCUUUGAAGGUAAAGAAAGCCAAAGCCAGCCUGGUAUUUCACAGGUCGGGACUGAUGAGUGGAACACUAAAUUGAAUGUAGCUUCCAAGGGGCUGCAUUCCCAGGAGGCAAGGACCAAAGCUAUUUUCUUCACACCAAAAGACCAUUUGGGUCCUUCACAUUUCAGUAAGGAAUAUUUAAGCCAUGGAAAUAAUCAACUCCACACAAGAGGUGAACCACCUAGGAAGCCUGUAAAAUUGACUGGGCCAGGCAGAGGAGAGACUUUGCAGCGUUUUGCUUCAGCAGAAAGCCAAACAAAGCUCCAUAAAACUAUGUCUCAAGGAGAGAUUACAGAGUUAACAGCUGUACAGAAGAUCUCAGUUGCUGAUGGAAGACCUCAAAGAGCAAAGAUGAAAUUCUGGGCAAAAGGCAAACACGGGGAUAAGAAAGCUUCUAGAGAAAAGCUUGCCACUCCGUCAGAGUUGUUAGAGUUUUCUGCUGAUCCAGAGUCAGGUAGCAUUGAUAUGUUUGCUGCCCACCACCAUCCUGAAGAAAUAGGGCCCCAUAACCCAAGUCCCCCUAGGAGCCCAGACCUAUCUGGAAACUGUAAGAAGGAAUUCAAAGAGAACAAAGACCCUUCUCCAAAGGCAAAGCGCAAACGCAGUGUGAAGAUAACCAAUGUUGCCCUGGAGUCUGUCCAGUGGCAAAACGACUCUGUCCCAAUCAUAACAAGGGCCGGCGACUUGAAGAGCAUGGAUGAGUUUCUUCUAAAAAAGAUGAAUGACUUGGAUAAUGAGGAUAGCAAGAAGGAUACAUUAGUGGAUGUUGUGUUUAAAAAAGCACUGAAAGAAUUUCGGCAAAACAUCUUCAGCUCUUACUCAUCUGCAUUGGCAAUGGAUGAAGGGAAAAGCAUUCGAUACAAAGAUCUGUAUGCCCUGUUUGAACAGAUUCUAGAGAAGACCAUGAGACUUGAGCAGCGGGACUGGAGUGAAUCCCCAGUCAAAGUUUGGGUUAACACUUUUAAAGUCUUCCUGGAUGAGUAUGUGACUGAAUUCAAACUUCUGGAUUGCAUUGCAACAAAGGUGCCAAAAACAGAAAGAAAGAAAAGAAGGAAAAAAGAAACUGAUUUUGUGGAAGAACAUAAUGGGCACAUCUUUAAAGCCACCCAGUAUAGUAUCCCUACCUAUUGUGAGUACUGUUCUUCCCUCAUAUGGAUAAUGGACAGAGCUUCUGUUUGCAAAUUAUGCAAAUAUGCUUGCCACAAGAAAUGCUGUUUGAAAACUACAGCCAAAUGCUCGAAAAAGUAUGAUCCAGAACUUUCAUCUCGACAAUUUGGGGUUGAAUUGUCCCGAUUAACAAAUGAAGAAAGAACCGUUCCACUAGUGGUAGAGAAGCUAAUAAACUACAUUGAAAUGCAUGGACUGUACACAGAGGGUAUUUACCGAAAAUCUGGUUCAACUAAUAAAAUCAAGGAACUUCGUCAAGGUCUAGACACUGAUAUUGACAGUGUGAAUUUAGAUGACUACAACAUUCAUGUCAUUGCCAGUGUAUUCAAACAGUGGCUUCGAGAAUUGCCUAAUCCUCUCAUGACUUUUGAACUCUAUGAAGAAUUUCUGAGAGCUAUGGGUCUACAGGAGAGAAAAGAGACCAUCCAUGGAGUAUAUUCUGUGAUUGAUCAGCUUUCCCGAACACAUCUCAACACUCUAGAGCGCCUUAUCUUCCAUCUGGUCAGGAUUGCACUGCAGGAAGACACCAACCGUAUGUCUGCUAAUGCGUUAGCAAUUGUGUUUGCUCCUUGUAUUCUCCGUUGCCCAGACACAACUGACCCACUGCAGAGUGUGCAGGAUAUCAGCAAAACAACCACCUGUGUAGAGCUGAUUGUUGUGGAACAGAUGAAUAAAUACAAGGCUCGUCUUAAAGAUAUCAACAGCUUGGAGUUUGCUGAGAACAAGGCCAAGACCAGGCUAUCCCUGAUCCGACGAUCAAUGGGUAAAGGGCGUAUUCGUAAGGGAAACUACCCAAGUCCAUCAUCUCCUGUUGCAGUCCGACUGCCCUCCAUGUCUGAAGUCCCAGAAGAAACUGUGACUAAUGAGGAGGCAAUAGAGAUGGAGGUCACAGAGCAACAGCAGGCAGCCAUGCAGCAGGAAGAGAGAGUGUUGACUGAGCAGAUUGAGAAUUUGCAGAAAGAAAAGGAAGAACUAACAUUUGAGAUGCUUGCCUUGGAGCCCCGGGCUUCAGAUGACGAAACACUUGAAUCUGAAGCCUCUAUUGGGACUGCUGAUAGCUCAGAGAAUUUGAACUUUGACUCUGAAGGAGCUUUCUCUGAUAAAUCAGAGAGAAGUUUAGCAGUUAGCACGCUGAAAUCCUCCAAGACCGAAUCAUCAACUAAGCUGCGAAGGCAACUGAAAAAACAAGAAGAAUCUCUAGAUUCAGUGGAUUCCGCUGUCUCUUCACUAUCUUCGUACACCAUGGCCUCUUCUCACGGGACCAGAAGGCGGUUUCACAUGCAUUCCAGAUCCCCCUUCUACCGAGCUGCUUCAGUUGGUGAGACCCUGUGCCAGGCCAGGACCCUGGAGGACAGGCCUCAGUUCAUUAGCCGAGGCACAUUCAGCUCUGCAAAGGGCAAACAAAAACUCAAGAAUGUGAAAAACUCACCCCAGAAAACCAAAGACCUCCCUGAGGGGACGUUAGGGGCAAGUCACAAGAGAAAUGUGGACCCUGACUGUGGCACUCCCCAGCAACAGAUUGUUUAUGGGAACAACGAGUACAUGGUCUGAUGUGGCAGGUACAUGUCCCCUCAUCACCGCAGAGUGGUGGCAGCAUCUAGCUCACCCAUAGCCGUCCAUCACAGGCAUCAUCAUCAUCAGCAACUAUCCUGCCUCAUCUGUGAGCAUGAGCAGUCGCUGCUGGCUUGGAUACCCAGCCUCCCAUUGGGGGAGUGGAAAGGGGGAGCCAGACAGGCUUAGCAGAAACCUGUGGGGAAGAGUUUUAGCUGUGGCCUUAGCUGUCCUUAAUUUGGGAAGAACCCAGGACCUGCCAGGAUUUAUUCUUUGAACUUAGGUCCAAAUAACUGCAGAAAGCUUGGCCAGUUACCUCUGCGGUGCUUUGCCCUUGCCUCUUCUCCACUUUCCAAUAACCUACCACUGUCUGAGUUGGCGUGGGAGGCAGAGAUCGCAAAGGAAGGCAGUGUGGUGUUGUGGGCCUGUUGGACCAACAGAUUGUUGACCUGUAAUGAUUAGGUCCACUCUUUUUGACCUUAAAGGCAAAGGCUGUAGACUUUGGAUAUUUUGGGGGUACUUAGAAGCUGCAGCUGAUUUAAACUUUCUGGAGGACCUAUAACAAACAAAUGGAGCCAUUCACUCCACACUAUUUGUAAUGCACUCCAUAUUGUUGUCAAGUGAAAAUUAAAAAGCCCCUGUUUCCAUUAAGCAAUCAGAGCAUGUCUCACACACUAUAGGUUAUGCAAUGAAAGAAGAAAUUAAUUUUAUUUUAUUUCGUUAAGAUAUCAGAAUAACCAGUGCCAGUUUGACUCCUGGUUGGUUUGCGCCAAAUACACAAGUGUGCCGAGUUUUCAAUAGCCAUACAACUCCCAUGUUCCCUGGGUGCACAGAACCAGGUUCCUCUAAAUUUUUUCAAUGUUUUAUUAGAUCUGUGAUCCUCAGACUUUAAAGCUGCAUCAUAAUCCCUCUGUGUUGCUCCCUAUCCAGUGAUCAUCAGACAAGAGACAACAUAUUAACAAACACACUCUGCUGGAAAAUCAUCAGGAAAGUCUCACCCCCACCACAAACAGCGUGACUGUUUAAUUAUAUCUUCCAAAACAUUCAUAUGCAAUAGUGCAUGAAUAAAUGUUACAAAAAGCUGCCAAAAGGAAAAUACUAUUUUUAAAAUGUGACCCAACUAACUUUUCUCUUUUUCCUCAGACCAUCAGUAUUAAACAAAUG